GGCAUCCGAUCCAGCAACGUCGUCUCCGUGAUCAGACUUGGUGAAGCUCUUUCAAGUCGGAGUCUUUGCUUCAUGCACGGCGAUUGGAUGCUCCGAAAAGCCAACGUCAGCUCGCAUUAUCAUGUUUCGCCUUUCUGGUGCAAAGCGAUCCAGGGCUGAGGUUUGCAUCGUUCCCCUCCAUCCGUAUUGAUGCUACUUUGUGCAACCCUUUCAGCCUCUACAGUAGGAUUGGCCAGCUUAUGAACAAGACCUCAGUCCACCCUCCAUUUGACCACGCAAUCGUUAAGCCCUUCAAGCUGGGAAGACGCUUGUUUGAGAAAAAAAAACAGCAGCGAAAGAUUACUCCGUUGCUGGCUGCUACGCCCGAUCAGAUGUGUACAAAUGGGCUUGAAUAAGUGGUCUUGGAUUGUUGUAAAGCUGCUUACAAACUGCAUUAGGGUGAUGCUUUAUGCAUGGGAGUGUCCGAGGGGGAGGGAAGGAGUGCUGAGAUGAAAUCUGAAACCUACAAAAGGAACAACCAGGAUGACGACGCUGGGAGGUCUUGACUGGUGCGGGGUCGCGGUGGGCCUGGGCUGCUGCUGCUGGCAGUGCUAUCGCUGCCUCAAGUUUGGCGCGAACGACAGCAAGGGAUGGCUGGAGGCAGGGCCGGGAGAGCUCAAAGACCUGAUGUACUACGCACAGCUGAACCUCGCUGCCUACGCGGAGAGCGUCGCAGCAAUGGACGAACGCACCUCGUUGGUCGUGUCCGAGAACGUUCUCAACUUCGUGGGGGACGACGAGAACCGGAGGGCACCCCCCUACUUCCUGUACAUCAACCACGAGAAGAAGGACAUUGCGCUUGUUUUCCGGGGGCUCAACAUGGCGUCCAAGAAGGACUUCGCGGUGCUCAUGCGGAAGAAGCACAAGGCGUACAACCACGGGUUCGUUCACAGCGGCAUGUUGAAGGCCGCCCAGUGGGCGCUCCGCCAAGAGGAGCGCAUCUUGAAGAAGCACUGCACGAAGCACCCCGAAUAUACGCUCACCAUCGUCGGUCACUCCCUCGGCGCGGGCGUCGCGUCCCUGCUCUGCGUCCUGCUGCAUGACAAACCUACUAAGGUCGGCAUCGAUCCCCGCGACAAGGACCGCAUCCGCGCCGUCUGCUUCGCGCCGCCACGUGUCAUCUCGCGCAACCACGUGGCCAACUACAGCCACGCGAUCUGCGGCGUGGUCCUACAGGACGACUUCUUCUCGCGUGUUUCAACCUCCGUCGUACAGCACAUCUUCCUCGGCUUCACCGGCGUCUGGCUGGCCGGUAUUCUCACCCAGGCGUGCUUGUCCGACUUCUUCGUGCCGUCGGGGCGGCGUCUCCGGGACCCCGCGCGGCUCUACCCACCGGGGAAACUGUACCAUAUUGUAUACAAGGAGCCCUGGCAUUGCGGCAAGGUGGGGCCUCGGGUGCUCACCUCCACCCCGACCGGCGGCCGGUUCGAGAAGCUGAUUCUGUCCCUGACCGCAACGAGCGAUCACCACAUCCGAAGCUACAACAAGUUUCUCUACCAGGCGCUACAGGGUUUAGGGUUUGAGGGGCCGGCCGCGGAGACGCAGCUCGCGGCCCCGGUCGCGCAGCGCCUGGCGCGCGCGCACAGCAUCGACCGGGAGGGAAUGCGCGUCGAGGACGAAGGGAAGGCUAGAGAUCUUCGCGGAAAGCUCAGACCGCGCAAGAGCUACGAGAUCACGCUAGAGGGGACGAGCAGUAACGUGGAGCGGUACGCGGAGGAGACGGCGAGCAUCGGGAGCGAGGAGGGGGAGGAGGAGCGGAGGGGCGAGCGGAACGGAACGGUCGAGCGGAACGGGAAUGACGGGUUGGAUGUGACAAAAAGCAGGGAGGGAUGGAACGGAAUGAACGGCCUUGAAAGGGAAGGUGCGGACGAAAGAGACGGAGAGAUUGAGGGGAAGGACUACGGGGACGAACGGAACGGGAGGAGCGAACGGAACAGAAUGGUGCAGUCAGCGGAAAGGAAACAGGCCAGUGUACUGGGAACGACGGAUCGGAGGUUAUCGAGAAAAGGAGCAGAACGGGAUAUGAAGGCGAUCUGGGAGGAUAUUUCCUACCCGGUCGAGAUAGCGGAAGUGCCUGAAGCGAAUUGUGGCAGAGUGAUGCCGUCGAAGCCGCUGAGAAGGAAAGUUUCGGGGUUAAGGGACGAAACGAGACUUGCCCCCGCGGCGUCGACUGAGCGCUGGGAAGAGGAAACGGCACAGGACGGGGGUCGUACGUUGGGGGAAACGUUCCCUGUGAAGAGAGCACCCAAGUGUCAAGGGGCGCGUAAAGAAGCGGUGCAAUUGGGUGCAGUCGGGAAAGCAGAGUCUGGGGCGACGUUGGAAAGCUUGGAGGAAAGCCAGGCAGGCACGGUUAAAAGCUCCGGGUGUGAGACGGAAAGAAAGGGCGCGCAAAGCGCAGGUUCCGGGUUUUGGAAGCGGUGGUUUGGCCUAACCGGGGGCACUCGAGACGGCUCUAAUUUGGAGCAAUCGGAAGAUUCUGAGGGGGAAAAUGGCGGACGAAGGAUUCACGGUGCUGCUUCUCUUGGGGGGGAGCCGCAAUGGGAGGCCGUUUCGAGGCGACACGGCGGUAUAAUGGAUUCGAAAGACAGUCAUUGGGAGACCAUCUGCUUGCAAUUGUGACGGAUAAGAAACCGCAGUCAAAAGAGGGUCUUCGAAUUUGAGAUACAAAAUUGAUGACGGGCAGAGAUCAUAGACGUUGAUGUCAUUACAUGGUUCCACGAGAGUCCAAAAUGUAAAUGGUUCACUUCAUUUGGCUUUGGCCAGUUCGCAAGUCGCCUGGCACUUGGGCUUUUUUGCGUCAGAGUAUGGCGCUAUUGGGGCAAUGGGUCUAGCUAGAGUGUUUCGAUCAGAGGAGAAUGGCUAAUAAUCACUGACAAAAAGCAACGACUGAAAAGCUCACGGGAAUCAGUUGGAGUUGUAUGCUAGGCUUAAUUUCGAAUGUUCGCGGCCCUCCACGAAGGUACUUCCAAACAUUGCGAUUUGGUUUAUUUUCAAGAUAAGUAAGGAACUCCGAGUCUUUCACGCGUAGUUGUUACAACAAGUGUUUAGCUGUUACUGAGUAGGUUGGUGUUUCAAAAGACCCUGACAUCGUUAAUGAUCGAUUGUUUCAAUGAGACAUAUUGGCCCGCAAACAGCUCCCUUGAAUCUGUACGAAGAUACCGUCAUUGCGAA